AUGUCCAUAGCUUCCGAAUCCGUCUCUAGCCCUUCGAGGCCAACAUCUCCAGUAGCUGGACAACAGGAUAGUGCAGCGACCGCAGCUCGCCCAUUCCGCUUCACAUGGGACCCCGCAUCACGAAGAGCAGGACCGGGGAGCGUCGUCUCGGAAGGCACGGAUGCGAGGGGCGAUUACUUCGGACAACAAGCAACCAGGCAUGACUUGCUCGCUGGCUCAACGACAUCGUUGGCACUCGGCGCACUACCUGCGGAAUGGAGCAGUUCUAAACACGGCUUUCAUGCCAUAUCUACUGUCUUGAACAAUCCGCAUAAGCGUCAAGCGCCGCCGAAAGCACAUUCACAUCUCCCCACGGUGCCUCCAGCAGAUCUCCCUCGUGUACGGCGCAAGGACUUCGAUUCCUACCUUCGCGGAGUGACACCUGAAUGGGAGCGUUUUCAAAGGAGCACACAACUCGGGCGCGAUGGCGUUGCUUCCCUCGAAGGUCCCAGUCCCGGUCCGUCUACCAGCGCUGUACCGCCGACGCCUAUGCCCGUGACGCCCAUGACACCGCGCACGCCGCGUCCUCAACCAGGGAGAGCGUUACCACCGCUCGAAACCGUACCGCAAGUCUUCUUCGAACCUUCCUUCACUCUGGGAGACCCACGCACCUUCAAGCUUGUCACAUCAUCAGAUGGCGACGACGAUGCCGAUCCCUCUGCUUUGUCCUAUUCCCUCCCGCUCCUCGAAAAGCUCUCCCACCAUGCCGACACCAUCGAACAACACCUUGUUCGGGAAAUCUCGUUACGAUCGACAUCCUUCUUCGCCGCUUUGGGCAACUUAAACGACCUUCAGACCGAAUCCGAACGUUGUUUGGAUCGAAUAGCGCACCUACGUGGGUUGCUCAAAGACGUUGAUGACAACAGCGCGAAGAAGGGAUUAGAAGUCGUCAGCAGAGAGGCGAAGCUGCGGAAUAUCGCCCGAAUGAAGGAGGGCAUUAGGAUGCUGGGUGGGGUCGUGGACAUGACUGCAGUAGCGAAGGGGUUAGUGAACACCGGGCAAUGGGGGCAGGCGCUAGAGGUUCUGGAUCAGAUGGAAGUCUUGUGGGAGACCGGACGGGAACGAAAACGAGACUCGCCCGGAGCCGUGACUUCACCUUCUCUGAAGGCGGCGUCUCCUCCCGCUUCCACCAAAGCCAACGGUCAAGCAGGGCCGUCCACACUUGCUUCUAUCCCUGAAUCCCCUUCCUCCGCAACAACACCCGCCCCUCAGGCGAUCCUUCCAAUAUCUUCCCUCAGCGCGUUCUCCGCUCUCCCGUCCCAUCUUCAAGCUCUCACCUUGGAAAUCGCUCAAUCGCUCACAGCCGAAGUCGUCGCCGCCCUGAAGGACGACUUGGUAGACCGGAUAUCCACUGAUAUUGGUGACUCCGAGGCGCAGGCGAGGUUAAGCAGCAGAUUCAAGGAUCGGCUGAGGCCGCUAUUACAUGGCCUGGUGCGGACACGAGGUGUCAGAGGUCCGGUAGACCCAUGGCGAGAGAGCGUCUUAUCGCAGGUCAAGGAGGUGGUCUCAUCACAUCUACCUGCUGGGGUUGACGUUGACAGUAGCGAUGCCGCAGCCACGGAACCCGUACGGAACAUGUCGCAUGCGGAGUUCAUAGUAUUUGCGCGCAAGUUAUAUCGGACAUUGCUGAACUGUAUAGAAGGCUUGCAAACGCAAAACGUGAUAAUCAUGGAGGUCCUUGAACCAUUGAUAACCGAGCAGACACCAAUAGACACGACGGCAAUGGUGGAAGAUUUGGCUGACAUACUCUCGUCGGCCACGGAACUGGGUAACGCGCGAAUGGGCAAAGUUGUCCUUGCUCGUUCGGAGCAGCACACCAAACUCGAUCUUCCCGAUUUCAUGACGUUCUUCCAGGAAUCAUGGGACUUCGUCGUCAAAUGCGAAGUUAUAUGCAGGCGUAUGACUGUUGGCCUGCGUGGUGUUAUCGUUAGCCAGGCCAAGUCAUUCUUGCAAGCAUUCCACCAAGCACGCAUCUCUCAGUCCGCCGAGUUUGUGCAUGACGAACAGUGGAGUGCAUCACCGGUCAUGCCGGAGACACAACAUCUGGUUAGCAUGCUGCUUGACGCGUCCGUGCGCGAUCCUCCAGAGUGGAUCCUCAAGCCGAACUCCUCGAGCGAAUCUGCCCCGCAAACCCUUGCCGUCAACGGUACUGCAUCCACGUCCCCCCCUGUACCGCCGCCUACUUCUCCUACACCACUAUCGCCCUCGAAACCGGCUGCGAAUGGCUCGGCUGCUGCAGCCAAGCACCUCCGCAUCGAAGAUCGGACCUACUUUGCGGUUGCCUCGACUGUGCAGGUCCUCACACUACUGGUCGACUACCUCAAGGUCAUCGUCAACCUAAGCAUGCUGACGACCGAAACGAUGAGCCGGGUCAUCGAGUUCAUGAAGGCGUGGAAUUCGAGGACCUGUCAGGUCGUGCUUGGCGCCGGUGCGAUGCGCAGUGCCGGACUGAAGAAUAUCACCGCGAAACACCUUGCCCUUGCGUCGCAGUCAUUGUCCAUCAUGAUCUCGCUCGUUCCUUACGUUCGGGAGACGUUCCGACGUCAUUUGAGUCCUAAACAGGCAGUCAUGCUUGUGGAAUUCGACAAGCUGAAACGGGAUCUCCAAGAUCACCAGGAAGAGAUUCACCGGAAGCUCAUCCAGAUCAUGGGUGACCGACUCGCAGUCCACAUUAAAGACCUGCAAGCCGUAGACUGGGCGAAACCCCGGCCGGGGGUAAACGCGUACAUGGAGAUGCUCGUGAAGGAAACUGUCACUCUACACAAAGUCCUCACCCGUUGGACCUCACAGCCCGUUGUGGAGGUGAGUUUUCUCCUCGCAUCAGUAUUGACGGUGGCACGGUCAUCCUGA